AUGACAAUCCCCACAGGGUACUACGACGCGAAGGUGCGAAACCGAUCGAAGAAGUCACCAACACAGAUCGUCACAGAGUGUCGCGGGCCAUGCGAGCAGCCAAGCUUUGCCCACCCAUGGGAUGAUCUUGAUUCCAGUGACGAAGCCAAUGAAGAUGUCAUGCCGGCACCCAAGGGUUCUGCCGAAUCGCGUGUUGAGCCAGGACUGAUACGUUCCACGAGUAACACCUAUAUCGACCCCUUCAGUCGAGUACCAAAGUCGCCGCCACUAUCUGUCACCUCACGAAUGCGUCGCUGUAGCGAACAUAGCACCAUCACCGAGUUGACAACGUCCAUCUCGGGGACAGCGAGCUCUAAGCAUACGAGCUUCACGUCUUCCGUCCCAUCAGUGCCUUCCGAAGACCCCCGGAACCUGUCAUGUUCUCCCUUCCAUGAGAAGAAACUCGCUCGUCGUUCAAAGCCCCGCGAACCUGAAUCAGUUCGCGGUCAAGAACUGGUACCAUCGUAUGAUGAGCUCUACGGGUAG